GCUCCCGCCUGCUGGGGGAGGGCGGACAGGGCGCGGGGACCAGACAGGCCGCGGCGGGCGCUGUUUCUCUUUCGCUUUCCCGGGCUCGGAGGCGGGCGCGCCGGCGGGCUGAGGAGCGGCGGCGGCCGCUGGAUAUGAAAAGGCAGCCCUGCCAGGAGGAGUGAUGGUCAGUGACCCUGCGCAGGCUGGGUGUUCAUGCUCAUGCCUCAGGACGCCUACAAGAACAUUGCGCCUACAAGCUACUGGACCAGCUUUGCAUCCACUUAGUGCCCCUCUUUGCCUGAACUGCUAAGGCCGGCAAACCACGAAUGGCUACCCAAAGGAAACACUUGGUGAAAGAUUUCAAUCCUUACAUCACCUGCUAUAUCUGUAAAGGCUAUCUGAUCAAGCCCACAACAGUGACAGAAUGCCUCCAUACAUUCUGUAAGACCUGUAUUGUCCAGCACUUUGAAGACAGCAAUGAUUGUCCGAGGUGUGGCAACCAAGUUCAUGAAACAAAUCCAUUAGAAAUGUUGAGGUUGGAUAAUACAUUGGAGGAAAUUAUAUUUAAGCUGGUACCUGGACUACGAGAACAAGAACUUCAGCGUGAAUUGGAAUUUUGGAAGAAAAAUAAACCUCAAGAAAAUGGACAAGAUGACAUUUCAAAGGUUGAUAAAUCUAAAGCAGAUGAAGAAGGAGAUGAAAACCAAGAUGAUAAAGACUACCAUAGAAGUGACCCACAAAUUGCUAUCUGUCUGGAUUGUUUACGAAAUAAUGGGCAGUCAGGGGACAAUGUAGUGAAGGGUCUCAUGAAGAAAUUCAUUCGAUGUUCUACACGAGUCACUGUAGGAACUAUUAAAAAGUUUCUAAGUUUAAAACUAAAACUUCCAAGUUCUUACGAGUUGGACGUGCUGUGCAAUGGUGAAAUUAUGGGGAAGGAUCAUACUAUGGAAUUCAUCUAUAUGACAAGAUGGCGACUAAGAGGAGAAAAUUUUCGCUGUCUGAACUGCUCAACCUCGCAAGUCUGCUCUCAGGAUGGCACUUUGUAUCAGUCGUACCCUAUGGUAUUGCAGUACCGACCAAGAAUUGAUUUUGGGUAGGCCGAGGGGCCCAGCCUGCACGGAAGGAACCCUGCACUGUUUGUUUACUCGUCGACAGAUUGCACAGUGACGGUGUGUGGACUCGAGAGACACAGUCUGAUUGUCAGCAUGCACAUAAGGCAUCGUCUGUCUCAAAAUUGUCAGUUUCCUUCAUGUCGUUUCUCUUAGGAGCAAUCCAAGUGCCCUUCUGCUACUGACCAUCUGCAUAAGAUACUCGUCUCGUCUCACAGUGUGCAAGGCACGGCUGGACUCGGUUAGGUGUGCAGCCGUGACUCUGCUUUCUCAAUAUUUUGCUUGCCUGUUGCAAGAUUGUUCUAAUGUUAAUUACACUAGUAAAAUGGCUCAAUCCUUGUGGUGUUGCAGUUUUCACAUACUUAAUACUUUUAUUCUUGUUAAAAUAGAGUACUGUACAAGAACCUAGUAUAAUUAUAUCUUGAAAUUAUUUUGUAUAAGAAUAUAUUUAGAAAAGUGGUUUCUGAACCACUGUCCUAUUCUUGGUAAACUUUUAUGUAAAAAAGAAUAAACAGCCAAAAAAAAAAAAAA